AUGUCUACCUCCGGCAUUCCCCAAGACUUCCCCGAACUUUUCGAUUUCAACGCUGGCGGCAUGGAUCCCAGCAUGUUCUCCCAGCUGCUCUCUGAAAAGGGCUACGGCCAGGGAGUCGGGGCUGCUCCUGAGGCCACUAUCUCACCCCAGGAUCUCUUCCUUGAUGCCUCGGCUCCCCCAUCCUCCACUUUCACCGACCUGAGCACUCCUCCUUUGAAUACGCCUGGCGCCAUGUUCACUCCGAACGUGGAGAUCGCUCAGCUCACGAACUUUGAUGACGAUUGGGAGGCGUUGUUUCCCCUCUCGCAGGAGAUGGGUAGCCUCGAACAGUCCGUCGACAUGUCCCAGAUGUUCCAGGACAUCGACUCAGUUGAGAAGGUCCCGCCUAUGCCUACUACUACUGUCGAGAACACUAUCACGAACAUGAUUGAGAGCACUGUCGAAAGUGUCGAGACAACACCUGCCUUGCCGGUUACUCAGCCUGAGCAGGCUAUUAGCCCCACUCCUUCAACCAAGCGCAGCCUUUCUCCAGACAGCUGUGCGACGCCUUCCACUCCCCGCAAGCAGCCGAAGCGGAAACCCUCCACUUCUACUGGUGUCAGCAAACGUCAGAAGAAGCCCCUGAAGCCUGUCGAAUACGACCCGGCAGACCCUCAUGCUUACAAGCGGGCGCGCAACACUAUGGCGGCUCGCAAAUCACGAGAACGCAAGCUUGAGCACGUGAAGGAUUUGGAGUCUCGCAUCGCCGAGCUCGAAGAGGAGCUUCUGGAGGCUCAGGAACGUGAGCAGUAUUGGAAGACCAAGGCCCGCACACUGGGCGCUCAAGAAUAA